AUUCAUUUUUGCAAUCAAUUUAUAUUUAUUUUCGUAAAUGAUACUCUCUGGUUCGUUAUAUAUUUAACAAUCCCGAAAAAGAGGGGUGUUUUGUCUUCCCCAUACAUCGAAUGCAGCGAAAAGACGCAAAACGGAAUAUUUUUUUUGCUGUAAAAAGAAAUGCCUGCUUUUAGAGAGAGAAAGUAGAGCGACAAAGCCUUCUGCUCGAUCUGUCGGUUUCUUCGUUGGGACCGAGAAUGGUGGAGGCGAUUCCUGGAGCUCCGGACUCCAGUGGUGGCGGAGCAGCCGCCGCCGCGGCGGUGGUGGUGGUGGGAGUGAAGCUGGACUCGCAGAGCAAAGAGCUGCUGACGUGGGCGCUAGUUAAGGUGGCGCAGUCCGGCGAUCGCGUCGUUGCUCUCCACAUCCUCGACAGCAACGCCGAUAAAUCGAGUUUGCUUUCGCUAGUGAAGACUUUUGAUUCGGUGCUGGCUGCUUAUGAAGGUUUCUGCCACCUAAAACAGGUGGAUCUAAAGUUGAAGGUAUGUAGAGGAAAUCCGGUUCAUAAAAUCCUGUCAAGGGAGGCGAAAUCAUGUGGUGCAACAACUGUAAUAGUUGGUACUUCAAGAGUCCAUCGCACAAUUCGAUCGAGGAUCUCCAUUGCCAAAUCUUGCACCAAGAGCCUGCAAAAGAAUGCAUCACUUAUGUGUGUCGACAAUGGUAAGAUCGUGUUCCAAAGAGAAUCGACCUCUUCAUUCGACCUCGAGUUUGGAAAGUUUGACGCGUCGGAAUCAGAAUCAAGAUUCAAAAGGAGGAAGACCGUGUCCAAAAACCCUUUGAGUCAACCGCAUCAGAAAGUUUUAUCGUCAUUAUCAAGGAGUGAAAGUGAGAGCACCCCAAUGGCUCUAGUGCCCAUCAAAACCCAAGAAAUGCUCGAAUCUAAAUCGGGGUGGGGCCUACUUCGCCGGGUUUUUUUACACGGCAGCAAAGUAUCUGAAGCUGCUCCGACUAAGAAGUCAUCUCUAAUGAAAUGGAUAUUGAGACUACCAAGCAGACAAUCUGUUGCAACUAUUUAUCCCGAUCAGAAACAGAGUAGCGCGUCCAAUAGGGAUGACUGUUGCUUAGAUUUGCAUGAAGAUAACGGAGCUAUUGUAAUUUCUUCAGCUGCGGAACAGCUUAAAGAUAUAAGAGAGAAGUACUCAACGAAAUGCCAAUUUUUUAGCUACCAGGAACUCUUAAUAGCAACGAAUGACUUUAAACCUGAAAAUUUGAUUGGAAAGGGAGGAAGCAGUCGGGUUUAUCGAGGGUGUCUAUCGGGAAGCACGGAGAUAGCAGUGAAAGUUUUGAAGCCAUCGGAGGAUAUAUUGAAGCAUUUUGUUUCGGAAAUUGAAAUCAUUACAUCUUUGCAUCACAAAAACAUCAUAUCUUUAGUUGGCUUCUCUUACGAUGAAAACCGACUACUUUUGGUGUAUGAACUUCUAUCCAGAGGGUGCCUGGAGAAGAAUCUACACAGUUCUCCACAAUCUGGAAAUCUAUUUGGUUGGAACGAGAGAUAUAAGAUUGCUUUGGGAGUUGCUGAAGCACUCGACAAUUUACAUAAUACAGCCGAACCAAUUAUCCACGGAGAUGUAAAAUCUUCAAAUAUCCUUCUUUCAGAUGAUUUUGAGCCACAGCUAUCGGAUUUCGGACUUGCUACUUGGGCUUUAACAUAUUCGCAUAAUAUGGAUACAUCUGAUGUGGCUGGAACAUUCGGCUACUUAGCUCCAGAGUAUUUUAUGAAUGAGAAACUGAACGAGAAAAUCGACGUCUAUGCAUUUGGUGUUGUACUCCUUGAGCUUUUGUCGGGUAGAAAGCCAAUCGACAAUGCACUUCCAAAGGGCGAGGAAAGUUUGGUAAUGUGGGCAAAACACGUAUUGAAAGAAGGAAACAAUUCAGAAUUGCAAGAUCCCAAUCUGGUUAAUGCGUGCGACGGUGAUCAAUUCAAGAAAAUGGUCUUAGCUGCAACCCUUUGUAUUAGACACGCUCCUCAAUCGCGUCCCGAUAUUAGCCGUGUACUCAAACUCCUGAAAGGAGAUCAAGAAAUCGUUGAGUGGGCAAGGCAAGAAGUUAGUUCGUUAGACGAGGUUAAUAAUGCUAUCAAUGGCGAACGAUCAACGAAUAAUAUCCAAUCAUUUAUUAAUCUUGCGUUGCUUGAUUUGGAAGACGACACGAAUUCCGUUAGCAGCGGUGAACAGAAUAUAUCGGUGGAGGAUUACUUGAAGGGUAGAUGGAGUCGAUCCUCGAGCUUCGAUUAAACAUAGGCAACAAAAUUGUUGUUAUGAGGCUUGACGGUACACAAUAUACGUUAAUUUAAUAUUUUAUAUAGAGAUUUGUUAUUUUUUCAAGUAUUGUACGUAAUGGUGAAUAUCGGGUUAUUGGGGGUCAUAUUUUAUGAGAUUCUUUGUUCAUGUAGCGCGAAAGUGCUGCUAAUUGUAAUUACACUGUUAUGCGAUCUUGAGGCAGUUAUAUAAUGAGUUUUUCGUGUUUAUGUU